UGCACUACAGAAGCAAACAUAUCCCUACCUCUCAUGUAAGCCCAAGAGUUCGACGUGGGAAGCAGAAGGUAGUGUAAGGCCGCAAUGGAGAACGGCAGCAGCAGCCACAGGCGACACAACCCGUCUCCUGCACUCGUCUCCGCUGGCUGCUCGAGGUUCAAGUCUUACCUCUCCCUCUGCCGACCACCCCCCGCCCAUCGCCAGCCGCCAUCGCUUGACGCGCACCCGCAACCGCCUGCGCGCGAGCCGUCCCUCUGUGGCGACGGGGAAACCGCAGCUCAAGCCUACUGGAGGAGAGCGCGGCGGCUGGAGCAGGAGCUGCGGAAGCUCGACAUGUGGCUGAGCACGGAGAAACGGCUAACGGUGUGCCUGAAGAAGUCCCCCGCGGUGAAGGCAGAGAACGGUCGCGCGGAGAUGGCGAGAUUGGCGGACGGCAGCUACCUGCAUGAAAUCAGGAGAAUAGGCCGGCCGUGGGGGAGCUUGGUCAUGCAAGUUUCGACGCCAUUGAUCGAGGAGAACGCUACGACCGCAGCGGAGGUUGUGUGUGGGAUGGCGUCCUUGCGAAGAGGGGAUCUGUGGAAGUGCCUGCAUGAAUCGAUGUCAAUGAGCAACUUAAGCGGGCAUCAACAGGGUCAGAUCAAGGGUAAGAAGGUUAUAAUGGGAAGCGAGGACCAUUUCGUGGAGGCGGUGCUGCUGGAUUCGAUGGAGAACAUUGAAGGGUUGGCCUUGGAGGGGCUUCGCAUCCAGAUGGGCACAAGCGGCGGAAGAGCCGGCGAGGUGGCGGAGAAGAAGGGGAAGGCAGCGACGAGGAAGGACGGGAUGGUUCUGGUGAUGAUGAUUCAGAUGAGAGAUCCGAAGGAGAACUACGAGGCCGUCGGCGAGCCCAUGAUCGGAUUCAUCGAGGCGGCGGCGGUGGGGAGUCGAAGGUUCGAUCUCCAAGGCGUGCAAGUCGCAGGGAUGAAGCCGUCGAUGCGAGCAGGGUGUGACGGCAGAGGCUUCAUAUGGAGUGCUUCGUUAAGAGGUUGCGAGUGGUCGUCGAGCGGUAGUUGCCUGCAGUAUGUGAGACAUCCGAAUAGAUUUUUAGCAUGACGAAGACGAUAUAUCGUUGCUUGUCUUUUUUUCCUUGACAUUUUGAUUCAUUUCACGAGUG